AUGACGCCGCCUGCAGCCGAUAACGGCUUCCAGGACACUCAAAAAGUCGAGCGAGAAACCCAACAUUCCAUGACUGCCAACAACCCCUCAAUGGCUUCGAUGUCGAGUACUCGAGGCGUGCGCUCUGAAGAUUCGUGGAUUGAGAUUCCUUCACGUCCAUCAUCGUCCUCCUUAUCAUCGACAAGCAAUAACAUCAUUACAACGGGUCUGCAAAUCCGGCCCCAAGACGACCGCGUAUCCCGUGGACCUCAGCUUUCUCAGAUCUCAUCCUCCCAGCCACGAUCCACAAGCGCUACUGGAAGCAGUCAAGAUGAAUACGAGGAGAGUUCGAGUGAUAGCGACCGAGUCAUGAGCAGUUCGAAUGAAGACAUCUCACAGGAUGAAAAUGUUGAUGACGAUGAUACCGCAACGGCCCUUGGGGUCGGCAGUAUGAACAAAGUAUUCACACCUCAACCUAACGCUUUCUCUCACCCUCCCUCGUCACAUGGACAAGGCCAGCCCAUCCCAGAUUCAUACUUCCCUGCUCUACCGUCAACGAUUCUCGAGAGGCCUGCCAAUCAAAGGACAGUCACACAACGAAGCUAUCAACGACAAAAUCAGUCAAGGCACCGAACAUACACGUCGUCGUACCAGCCUGAUCAUGAUGCCGCACUCCGGGCGUCGCUGACCACUCUACUCUCGUGCGCCGCCGCCGUACGUCCUAAAGGAUCUGAGUCAAGGCCAGCCACGACUGUCCCUAGACCAUCUACUCAACCUACCGCCCUGCGCUUAGUGCCCGAGUCCGAACUAGAUCCUGCCCGACAACGACCCAGACGAACCUCAUCACCACCAAAGCAGACCAAAAGGAAAUCCCGCGAAUCCAGCAAGGAGCGGCACGUGAAAAAGGUUCGAGCCGCCAAAGCAACCAUGACCAAUGACGACUUGAUAAGUCCAACUCUGGCUUCAUGGAUGAUUUCAGCCGGUGUCGUCCUAGUCUUCUCAGCCAUCAGCUUCAGCGCAGGAUACGCCUGGGGCAAGGAAGUUGGUAGGAUCGAAGGCGAAAUGGGUCUUCCUGGCGGCAGUUGUGGACGCGAGGCACUCCGCGGCAGCGGUUCCGGAUUGAGACGAUUGAGAUGGACUGCAGCACCGAGCAAUAUUACUGCCUAAAGUGUGAAAGGGAAGACUUGUUUGUUUUCGAGCGUUUGUCCCCGGAAGGAGUACCGUGUCACACUUCAUUCUUUGACCGACAUAUGAUAUGAAACAUCCCCAAGUCAUGCGAAGACACAGGUGGUUCGAGGUAAGAUGAAUGAUGAGCAUGGACUGAUACCUUGGUGGCCCAUUUGUAUGCCAAUGGUGGGACGUGGUGCUGGUGCUAUUCCUCGAUGAUUUAUACGAAGCAUGAAACAUGAAACGGCGUGGUUAGGCGUGAGGACGCGAGCAUAAUUCAACGGCGUGCUGGCGUUGGUGCUGGUUUCUGGCAUUGGGCAAAGGAAUCUUUCGUUGAAGUAUAGCAAGCUGGGCUGGAUACAUAACCUAGGUA